GUGAAGCCGCAGCGCCUGGUUCUGGUUUCUGGGCGGUUCCAUUUAUUACUUCUAUGUCCUCGGCGCUCCCCCGUUGUUGACUGGCGAAAGAAAGGCUGCUCUGUUUCUGUCUACGCAGGUUGGGCCAGGUUCACCCCCGACUCUCUUAUUCAUCAUUGUUGUUAGUAGCCUUGUCCGCGCGCGAGUUCGGUAGCUUCGAUCGAUCGAGUCGUCUCCCGCACCAAGUCCCCGUUCCCAUGAGCCGCGGUAUCUGAGCGGAUCUCCAGCAGCCGAUAUAAACAACUCCGAAGCCUCGACUCGGCCAACCCCCUUUGCCUCCCUCUAUCCUGCCAUGUUGUCAGCAAUUCGCUCCCAAAGACCGACAAACACCUUCCGACGGGUUGCGCUCGCUUCUACCCAUCGCAUCGCCAUGGCGCCGCCUAAACGAAACAGCAGCUCGCUGCCUCCUGGCUAUGUCGAGGACAAGUCAAAGGGACCGAUGCUCAGAUUUCAAGACUCGCUCCCCCGCCUUCCAGUCCCGACACUCGAAGAGACGGCCAAGCGGUACCUCAAGAGCCUUCACCCCAUCAUCUCUGCCAGCGAGCUCGAGCACAGCAAAGCGGCCGUCUCCGAAUUCAUCAAGCCGGGCGGAGUUGGUAGCAAGCUUCAGCAGAAGCUCAUCGAGAGGAGCAAGGACCCCAAGAUCAAGAACUGGAUGUAUGAUUGGUGGAAUGACGCUGCAUACCUGAGCUACCGCGAUCCGGUCGUGCCAUACGUCAGCUACUUCUACUCACACAGGGACGAUCCUAAACGACGCAACCCGGCCAAGCGAGCCGCCGCCAUCACCAGCAGCGUCCUUGAGUUCAAGAAGCUGGUCGACAGCGGCAACCUCGAGCCCGAGUACAUGAAGGGGCUGCCCAUCUGCAUGGACAGCUACAAGUGGAUGUUCAACGCGAGCCGCGUGGCAGCCCGUCCCGCGGACUACCCCGUCAAGUUCUCCCCCGAUGAAAAUAAGCACUUUGUUGCCAUUCGCAAGAACCAGUUCUUCAAGGUCCACCACGAGGUUGCCGGCAAGCAGCUGAACACAUCCGAGCUCGAGCAGCAGUUCAACCGCAUCUACCAGGUUGCGGAGCGAGUGCCUCCCGUGGGAGCUCUGACCUCGGAGAACCGCGACAUCUGGGCGGAUGCGCGUGAGCUGCUGGUUUCGGCCAGCCCCAAGAACAAGGAGGCUCUGGAAGCCAUUGAGUCUGCCUCGUUCGUCGUCUGCCUCGACGAUGCGUCUCCCGUCACCCUGGAGGAGCGUGCCCACCAGUACUGGCAUGGCGAUGGCGCCAACCGCUGGUAUGACAAGCCUCUGCAGUUCAUCAUCAACGACAACGGCACCUCGGGCUUCAUGGGUGAGCACUCCAUGAUGGAUGGAACGCCUACGCACCGCCUGAACGACUACAUCAACGACCUCAUCUUUGGAAACAAGAUUGAUUUCUCCGACCCCAGCAUCCGAUCGAGCCUGCCCGACCCUCAGCCCAUUAAGUUUGACAUCACGCCCGAGAUCCAGAGCGAGAUCGACCGCGCCGUCGCAGACUUCAACAGCGUCAUUGGAAAGCAUCAGCUGGCUGUUCAGGCGUACCAGGGCUACGGCAAGGGCCUCAUCAAGAAGUUCAAGUGCUCGCCCGAUGCAUACGUGCAGAUGAUUAUCCAGCUUGCCUACGCCAAGAUGUACGGCAAGAACCGCCCGACAUAUGAAUCGGCCGCCACUCGACGCUUCCAGCAGGGCCGCACGGAGACGUGCCGCAGCGUUUCUGACGAAUCAGUUGCCUGGUGCAAGGCGAUGGCAGACCCGUCCAUUGACGACAAGACAAAGAUUGACCUUUUCCGGAAGGCCAUUGCGGCUCACCUAGAGUACAUCACGGCCGCGUCCGACGGAAAGGGUGUCGAUCGACACCUCUUUGGCCUCAAGAAGCUCCUCGAGCCCGGCCAGGAGCUUCCGGCCAUCUACAAGGACCCCGCGUACACCUACUCCUCGUCGUGGUACCUGUCGACUUCGCAGCUCAGUUCAGAGUUUUUCAACGGCUACGGCUGGAGUCAGGUCAUUGACGAUGGCUUUGGCAUUGCCUACAUGAUCAAUGAGAACAGCAUCAACUUCAACGUCGUCUCCAAGGGACUUGGAAGUGACCGAAUGAGCUACUACCUCAACGAAGCAGCGGGCGAGAUGCGAGACCUGCUGACUCCUACACUGGAGCCGCCCAAGGCCAAGCUGUAAUCAGAGAAUGGUUCGGUUUGUAUACUGUUUGCUAUACUACAUACACAUAUACCAGUGGCGCUUCUCAUAGACUUU